AUGAUACUGGUCACCAUCAUAGGAGCCGUUGUACGGCUCUUCCGUAUCUAUCAACCUACCAGCGUAGUGUUUGACGAAGUCCACUUCGGUGGUUUUGCUACUAAAUAUAUUAAAGGCAAAUUCUUUAUGGACGUCCAUCCUCCCUUGGCCAAGAUGUUGAUUGCGCUCUCUGGUUGGCUUGCGGGUUUCGAUGGCAGUUUCGACUUCAAGGAGAUUGGCAAGGAUUAUCUCGAGCCCAAUGUCCCAUACGUAGCCAUGCGACUAUUCCCAGCCAUCUGUGGAAUCCUCUUGGUCCCGAUUACCUUUCUGACACUGAAAGCUGUUGGAUGUCGGACAGCUACUGCAGCUCUUGGUUCGUCUCUAAUCGUCUUCGAGAAUGGUCUUUUAACCCAAGCCCGUCUAAUCUUGCUCGAUUCGCCUCUCGUCGUCGCAACAGCCUUCACCGCAUUGGCCUUCACAUCAUUCACGAACCAACACGAACAAGGCCCAACGAAGGCAUUCGAUAUCAGUUGGUGGUUUUGGCUUGUUAUGACCGGCCUUGGUCUCGGUAUUACCGUUAGUAUCAAAUGGGUUGGCCUCUUUACUAUUGCUUGGGUAGGAUCCCUCACUCUAGUGCAACUAUGGGUUCUCUUAGGAGAUACCAAGACGGUUACCAUGCGCAUCUUGGCCAAGCACUUUCUCGCGCGUGCAUUCUGUCUGAUCAUCAUCCCGGUAUCUUUCUACAUGGCCAUGUUCGCCAUACAUUUCGUAUGCCUAUCGAACCCUGGCGAUGGCGAUGGAUUCAUGAGCUCCGAGUUCCAGGCUACACUAAACAACAAGGGUAUGCAAGAUGUUCCAGCCGAUGUUGCUUUCGGCAGUCGUGUAUCUAUCCGCCACGUGAAUACACAGGGAGGCUAUCUCCACUCUCAUCCCCUAAUGUAUCCAGGUGGCAGCCAGCAGCAACAGAUUACUCUAUAUCCUCACAAGGAUGAGAACAAUAUCUGGCUGAUGGAGAAUCAGACCCAACCCCUUGAUGCCAAUGGUGUUGAAAUCAACGGAACUCAUGUAUGGGACAAUGUUCAAAACAUUACCGAAAACUAUAUCAAAAACGGCGACGUCAUUCGACUCUAUCACUUCCCCACCCACCGUCGACUUCACUCUCACGAUGUACGCCCGCCUGUCAGUGAGCAGGACUGGCAAAACGAGGUUUCGGCCUAUGGAUACGAAGGAUUUCCCGGUGAUGCGAAUGAUUUGUUCCGUGUUGAGAUUGUUAAGAAGCAAUCUGCAACAGGCGCAGCUCGCGAAAGACUACGCACUCUUCAGACCAAGUUCAGGCUCGUUCACAUCAUGACUGGCUGUGUACUCUUCUCUCAUAAGGUUAAGCUUCCUGAAUGGGCAUCCGAACAACAAGAGGUUACAUGCGCGAAGGGCGGUACAAUUCCAAAUAGUCUUUGGUAUAUCGAGUCUAAUAUGCAUCCUGCUCUGCCCAGCGACGCUGAGAAGGUCAAUUAUGUUGACCCCGGCUUCUUUGGUAAAUUUUGGGAGCUUCAAAAGGUUAUGUGGAAGACCAAUGCCGGCUUAGUCGAGUCACACGCAUGGGAUUCGCGCCCUGAAUCUUGGCCCAUCCUUCGUCGUGGUAUCAACUUCUGGGGCAAGAAUAAUCGCCAGAUCUACCUCAUCGGUAACCCAAUCAUCUGGUGGUCCUCUACCCUGGCCAUUGUCACGUAUCUCCUUAUCAAGGGUAUUGCCGUCCUUCGGUGGCAACGGAGCUACGAUGAUUAUUCAAACACCACAUUCAAGCGUUUUGACUUCGAAGUUGGAACAUGGGUACUUGGUUGGGCUUUCCACUAUUUCCCGUUUUUCCUAAUGGGCCGCCAACUCUUCUUGCACCAUUACUUCCCUGCCUUGUUCUUUGCCGUCUUAGCAUUUUGCCAGGUCUUCGAUUUCAUUACAGCGCGAUUUGCGAUCCCCGGCGUCCGCGAGAAUCCGAUUGUCAACAAGGUGGGCGUAGUAGCUAUACUGGCUGUCACUGCCGUCGUUUUUGCCCUUUACGCCCCGCUAGCUUAUGGCAAUGCCUGGACCAAGUCGGAAUGUCAACGCGUCAAGCUAUUUGACACUUGGGACUGGGAUUGCAAUACCUUCUUAGAAAGCUACGAUGCAUACACUGCAAUCAACACAAAUCCCAUACCUAGCUCACAGCCUGCUGCCGCAAACAAGGACAAGGGUGCGCCUGCAGCGGCCAAUGACAAGGACAAUGGGGUCAUCUCAGGGGCACCCAAGUUUGAGCCCCAGGGACAAAAGGUAGUGGCGCGUGAGGAGAAGGUCGAGUACCGAGACCAAGACGGCAACCUUCUGAAUGAAGAGCAGGUGAAGGCGCUCGAGGGAAAAGUGGAGUUCAAAACAAAAUACGAAACAAGGACACGAGUAAUUGACGCUGAUGGCAACGAAGUGUUGAUGUCCCCAGACGAGCUAGCUAACGUCGGAGUCGCACCUCCGCAUCCAGACGUUGAAGGGGCCAAUCAGGAAACCAAGAAGGGCCCCGUUGUUGAUGAUGCUCCAAAAGAGGCGUCAUCAAGCAAGGAUGGCGAGAAGGAGGCAGAAAGAAAAGCUCCUAAGCCCGCCAGUGAAGGCAAUGAGGCUACUUUUUGA